UUCACCCGUCACCACCACCCACAUUCCGCUCCCCUGCUCUCUCUCUCUCUCUCUCUCUCUCUCUGUCUCCAUCUCUCUCUUUCUCUCCAUCUCUCUCUCUCUCUCUCUCUCUCUCUCUCUUCAUCUCUCUCUCUCCAAGAACUUUCUGCCUCUGUUUUCUCUUGGUUAGCGUAUACAUAUUGCCAAACCAAUAUCCCCAUUAAAAAAAUACACAAAAAACAGAGCAUUUGAAUUUUAAAUUUCUUCCGGGCAUUAAAAAAUUCAAGUUGGUGUUGAUAUUCGAAUUCUUCGAUUAUUCAAUUGGGCAUUAAAAUAUAAAUAUACUCGGCCGAAGUAGGUGCCUUUGUUCCAAUGAUAAGGAGGUUGGUCUUCUUCGGGAAACAUAUCUCUCGGGAUUCGUGUCCGUCUUCGAUUCCGGAGAGUCGAAGAAGAUAGCUCGACUUUUCUUCUUCCUCCCUUUUCUGCAACUCCCUUCAAUUCUUCAAAGUUUCUCCAUUUUUUUUUCUGGUAAUUUCGGUUUCUUACUUCCCCUGCUGCUUCAGUUCUGACCCUUUUCUCUGUUUUCGAUUUUAAUUAAUUAUGUUGAUUACGUUAGUAUUUUGGCUAUGAAAUCAGUAUUAGUUUCGGGUUUUUAGCAUCAAUCUCCACUGGUUUAAUUAACCUUGGAUUACUUGAUUUUUGGGUUGGAUUUUGCUUGUGUUCUGGAAUCGGUAAUUUGGUUAAACGGGUGUCACCAAUUCGAUUUGUUUUUGGUAAAUUUUGGUUUCCGUCCCUCAAUAUUUACUCAAAGAUUUGGAGAGACAGAGGAAGAAGAAGAUACUAGGCUAUUAAGCUAUGGCUACGUAUUUCCAAAAUUUGAGUAAUCAAAACUUACUGAACCCUUAUCAAGGGGACGAGAAACUUCCCUCGUACUCCGAACCGCCCGGAAACAUGAUGAUGUAUCUGAAUCAGGCUUCCUAUGCCGCCGGAUCCUACUCCCAGGUCUUGCCCGGCGGCAACUUCUCCCCUCAGAAAUAUGCUGACUCUGAUGGGGGCAGGAGUGAAAUGAUGUUUAUUCCUCCAACGAGUGAUCCAGUCAGGGACUGUAACGUUGGCGGCGAGUCCUUGAUUGGGAAACAUAGUAUGCAGGAUCAUGGAUUGUCUCUUAGCCUUUCCACCCAAAUUCCGCAACCAGUUUCUCUGCCUUCGUUUCAGUACCAAUAUCCGAAUUCAAGUCUCUCUUCGGUUUUGAGCAAUGCUCCAAUGAUAGGGAAGGGUGAGGAGUACAAUCAGAGCGAGGAGUUUAGAAACUUUGAAAGCUUGGCAUCGGGGUUAUAUGGAGGCGGCCAUGAGGCUGUCAAAACACAGGCUUUCUACAAUCCAAUGUGUUCAUCGGGAUCCAAAGAAAUGCAUUCGGAAUAUGUGUAUGACUCACUAGGUUCCACGAACGCUAUGUUAAGCUCUAAGUACCUCAAGGCCGCACAACAGUUGCUUGAUGAAGUGGUCAAUGUCAAAAAGGCUUUGAAGCAAUCUCAUUUGGACAAGAACCAAAGCUUUAAGCGGAGUGGAUCAGAUGGUUCCAAAGAAACCGAUGGGAAUGAUCAACAUUUACCGAGGUCAUCAGAUCCUGGUGAAUCGAGCACCAUUUCUUCUGUCGAGUUAUCAGCAGCAGAACGGCAGGAUUUGCAGAACAAGAAGACCAAACUUUUAUCCAUGUUGGAUGAGGUAGAUAGAAGAUACAAACAAUAUUACCAUCAAAUGCAAGCUGUGGUGUCAUUUUUUGACAAGGUGGCUGGGAACGGGGCUGCUGGACCGUACACUGCACUUGCUCUCCAAGCAAUUUCCCGUCACUUUCGCAGUUUGCGUGAUGCAAUCAAGGGCCAAAUUCAAGUGACGCGGAAAAGACUGGGAGAGCAAGAUAAUUCAUCGGAUGGUCAAGGGUCAGUAAUACCCCGCCUCCGCUACGUGGACCAGCAACUCAGACAGCAGAGGGCAUUUCAGCAGCUUGGUGGAUUGCAGCAUGCUUGGAGGCCUCAAAGAGGACUUCCGGAAAGCUCUGUUUCAAUCCUUCGUGCUUGGCUGUUCGAACAUUUCCUUCUUCCCUACCCAAAGGAUUCAGAAAAGAUUAUGCUUGCAAGGCAGACAGGAUUAACCAGAAACCAGGUUGCCAACUGGUUUAUCAAUGCAAGGGUACGGCUUUGGAAGCCCAUGAUUGAGGAAAUGUACAAAGAAGAAUUCGGUGAUUUGGACACGGAUGCGAAAUCUUCACCAGAAAAUGCACUCAAAGAAGCAGCAAGAGUUGAUCUCUCAGCAUCUGAGGACAGGAAAGAGGAGUUGCACGAAAGCCUGAUAUCCGCAACUGCUGACAGCAUCGAACCAGGGCAAAUGCAUGACUCGAAGUCGGGUCACAGUUCCACAUAUGACAUGCCAGGGUUGGAUCAUUUCACGGUUGGCAACGACGUGUCACUUGCAUUGGAGUUGCGGCAUUGCGAAGAGCACGAUGGAUUUCCUCCAUCAACCGGAUCCCAUGUAACAGUGAGCGAUGCGGCAGCUUCUUUGGAUUGUCACUAUGAGGAUCCGGAGCAGCAACAUUUGAUUCAGGUUUGGCAAUACCCACGCGUUACUUGAUUUUGUAGUCCGAGAGGAUUAUCGCCUCCAAGUUUUGGGUGGUAAGCGGUCUCAGGCAAUGAUCGUCGAGAAACAGAAUGCUUGUUUUGAUGCUGUAGCAAAGGGGGUGUAGAUGUAGAUGUGUGUAUGAUACUGAUACCAACUUGUAAUAUAACAGAGAUUGGUGGAAGAAGAAGAAGAAGAAGAAGAAGCCUUAGGCAUAUUUGUAAACUAUUUUUGUAAAGAUAAAAGGUGAAGGAAUAUCUUGUGCAUUCAUUGAAUAAGGAACCUGGAAACUCUAUAAGUGUGACAUCAAAAUAAUCUCAUUUGGGAAAUUAGUCUGAUACAAGAUUUACAUGAAA